UUCCAGGCUCACAUUAAAUUUCCCAUUGACUAUCCAUAUUCACCACCUACCUUCAGGUUCCUGACCAAAAUGUGGCACCCCAACAUUUAUGAGAAUGGAGAUGUAUGUAUUUCAAUUCUUCACCCACCUGUAGAUGACCCACAAAGUGGAGAGCUGCCAUCUGAGAGGUGGAACCCUACCCAAAAUGUCAGGACUAUCUUACUGAGUGUAAUCUCUUUGCUUAAUGAGCCCAACACAUUCUCUCCUGCCAAUGUGGAUGCAUCAGUCAUGUUCAGGAAAUGGAGGGACAGUAAAGGAAAAGACAAGGAGUACGCUGAAAUCAUAAGGAAACAGGUUUUGGCUACCAAAGCUGAGGCAGAGAAGGAUGGCGUGAAGGUCCCCACUACGCUGGCAGAGUACUGCAUCAAAACUAAAGUGCCUUCCAAUGACAACAGUUCGGAUUUGCUUUACGACGACUUGUACGACGACGACAUUGACGACGAAGACGAGGAGGAGGAGGAUGCCGACUGUUACGAUGAUGAUGAUUCUGGCAACGAGGAGUCGUGACCUGCUCCCCCAUGCCCCUGUACUGCCCUGCCGACUCAGGCCAGAAGGGAGCAGCGGUAACAUAGCAGCAGUCCAGCAAAAAAGUGGGGGGGGAGGGCCCAAAAAAAAAAACAAACUCUUGUCUCCUGCUGUCUCCCGUUGUAUGGAUCUGUUUGCUCCUUUUUUAUGGACCUCUUAGAGACCCUCCACAGAAUGUCUGAAUUCUUGCAUUCUUAACCCUUUCAUCACUGUAUUAAGAUUUCUUUUUGAAAAAAAGAAAAAAAAAAACCCCUUUUCACUUCUCUACGAAACAGCUCACAGUGAAAACAGGUUUGCUCGCGUUUAGAUUCUUGAAUUGCAGUCUUGCAUUGAGAUGUUUAAUGUAUUUAAAGCUGGAAUAAACCCACUGGAAGCUGGGUUGGGGUUUUUUUGGUUGUUGUUUUUUUUUUCUGGGGAGCUCAAGUGCUGCAUUUACUGGGGAAUUAAAAACAAAACAAAACCCACAUAAAGCAAAUUGCCAAGGUUUAGCUGCUCCAUUUACAAUAAUAGCGUGUGUACAUUCGUUUAGCCUUGUGGUGGUGGCUUUUCCUUUAUAAGGUGUGGGGCGGAGAGUGUAAAGCUACUGUGUGUCGAGCUUGAUGGGAUAUCACUGAAAGGUACAGUAUUCCUUUUCCAGCCUGCUCAAGAUAGGAAAUAGCUGGCUUGUGAUAUGAACCCUAAAAUAAACACUUAACACUUCAUGUCUG